GGAGCGGCUUCCGCUUCCGGCCUGCCUCGCUUUGAGGCCCUGCGGCUGGCUUGGCUGAGCGCUGUGCCUCCGCCAUAUUGUCUGUGUGAGAGAGACCGGCGAGUGAGGCGGGCCCUGCGGCUGCCUCCUCCUUCUCCUCCAUCCCCAGUUGAAAAGCUCCAAAGUUCUGUCUGAGACCCUUUCCUGUGGCUUGCACUGAAGUUGAAAGUUACGCGUUAACAUACCUUGGCCUUCCAAUCUUUCCGAAAUGUCGGGACCUGUGCCAAGCAGGGCCAGAGUUUACACAGAUGUAAAUACACACAGACCACGAGAAUAUUGGGAUUAUGAAGCACACGAAGUUGAAUGGGGCAAUCAAGAUGAUUACCAACUGGUCCGGAAACUUGGCCGAGGCAAAUAUAGUGAAGUCUUUGAAGCUAUCAACAUAACAAAUAAUGAGAAGGUAGUCGUGAAGAUCCUGAAGCCUGUGAAAAAGAAGAAAAUUAGGCGUGAAAUUAAGAUCUUGGAGAACUUACGAGGCGGCCCUAACAUCAUCACUCUUGCUGAUAUAGUGAAAGACCCUGUGUCUCGGACCCCAGCUCUAGUGUUUGAACAUGUAAACAACACGGACUUUAAGCAAUUGUAUCAGACGUUAACAGACUACGAUAUUCGGUUUUACAUGUAUGAAAUUUUGAAGGCCUUGGAUUAUUGUCACAGUAUGGGCAUCAUGCACAGAGAUGUCAAACCCCACAAUGUCAUGAUUGACCAUGAACACAGAAAGCUGCGGCUAAUAGAUUGGGGUUUGGCUGAAUUCUAUCAUCCUGGCCAAGAGUACAACGUCCGAGUGGCUUCUAGAUACUUCAAAGGCCCGGAGCUCCUUGUAGAUUAUCAGAUGUAUGACUACAGUCUAGACAUGUGGAGCUUGGGUUGCAUGUUAGCCAGCAUGAUCUUCAGAAAGGAGCCUUUUUUCCAUGGUCACGACAAUUACGAUCAGUUGGUGAGAAUAGCCAAGGUGCUGGGGACAGAAGACCUGUAUGACUAUAUUGACAAAUACAACAUUGAGCUUGAUCCCCGCUUCAAUGACAUCUUAGGCAGACACUCGCGCAAACGAUGGGAGCGCUUUGUUCAUGGUGAGAAUCAGCAGUUGGUGAGCCCCGAAGCCCUGGAUUUCUUAGACAAGUUGCUGAGAUACGAUCACCAAUCCCGUCUCACAGCAAGAGAAGCCAUGGAGCAUCCUUACUUCUACCCCAUAGUGAAGGACCAGGCGCGGAUGGGUUCAGCCAGCAUGCCCAGUAGCAGCACCCCUGUCAGCAGCUCCAAUAUGUUGUCAGGGAUCUCUUCAGUGCCAACGUCUUCCCCUCUUGGACCUCUCGCGGGCUCUCCUGUGAUUGCUGCUGCCAACCCCUUAGGGAUGCCCGUUCCAGCGGCCGCGGGAGCUCAGCAGUGAAGGACAGCCUCCCAUCUCCCCGGUGCCUGAGCGGAGCCACUUUGGGACUCUCCUCCCUCCUCCACCCUUUUUCACCCAGGACAACGGCAGCUUCCUGCAGCCGACAGUGUUGCAGGAACGGAGGAGGAGAUGCGUGUUGGAAUGCUUCAGAAGGAACUAUGUCUUGAACAAGUUGCUUGUGGAUUUAUAGUAGUUUGGUCAUAAAAAGAAAUAUAUGGGCUGAAUUUUUCCCCUUCCCCCUUUUUUUUACUUGAACUUUUUGUAACUCAGAGGAAUCCGGGGGGGGGGGGGAUAGCACCCCCAAAGACAAGAGUGUUCUGCAGAUGGUUCUUCCCCACCUUCCUCACCAGCACCAUUUUGCCAGUAAAGGUCCACGGUUAGACUGGCUUGUCUCACGAUGAGUCGCUCGCUUCGUGUGCCAUCUCUUGGCCGAUGCCAUUUGGGGAUGAGUGGGGGAGCGUACAGGGGCUCUUCCGUUUCCCCUUCUGCCGAGUUCCAUUUCUUUGAAAGGCAGCUUGAGAGUCUUUGACUUGAACGUCUGGCCUGAUGGACAGAAUGGGACGAGCAUACAGAAUUACUUAAGAAGCCUUCUCAACAGCGAGGGCCUGCAAGAUGGUAGCUUUCCUGUAGGGGAUCAUGUCUUCCUGUGUGAACCUCCUGGAUCACAAACUCUUUUCCUACUUUGCAUGUGUCCUUAAUUUGGAGUCUCCAGGUUUCUCUCCAAGCCCACUUGUUUUUUCCGUCAAAGGUGUUUUGGUAGUGGGCGAACAACAUCAGUCCCGUAUGGCGCUCCUUUCCUCCCAUCCAUUGCAAUCUCCUUGGUUUGGCAUUUGGGAAAUGGAACUUAUCACUAGGUAUAUCUCCCUGUAAAAAUGCAGUCUUCUGUCGAGUUGCUUCUUUCCAAGUUGGAAUGUGCGGAGCAAUGGUUGGGCCCAUUAAGCUACACAUCUGACUACUGACUCCACGUGUGCCAUGUGUUGAGAAGACACAUUAUGUUUGGGAGCUCUGGCUUUAUUAAAUAGUUCAUUAAGUAGAGACGUGGAAGGAUAGUGCAACAUGUAAAAUGUUAGCUCCUUAAGAAACCCCAGCUCUUGAGGACGUCUGCUUUUCCUUCUGUGUGUGAGAGUAUGUUGUGUGCAUGAGUAUGCAAGUAUGGGUGUAUAUGUAUGUAUGUAUGUAUGUGUGUGUGUGUGUGUGUGUGUGUGUGUAUAUAUAUAUAUAUAUAUAUAUAUCUCCAUAUAUAUAUGUGUGUAUACACACAUAUACACACACCUUUCCCUUCCUAUGCUGAAAUAUUCAGUGUUGGAAUUCCUACACUGUAAAUUGUUUUGUUUCCCUUUUUUUAAAUUUAAGAUGUAAAGGUUAGGGAUCGAGUUGUGCAGAAUUUCCCCCCUCAGGCCAUACUUUUUACACACUAUCACAGCCUCAAUACAAACCGCAAACCAGGGCUUUGGGGGGGGGGGAGUGGUUCAGGCUGCUUUUCCUUGAGUUUUUUUUUGCACCUUGCUCAGACUGGGGUUCUAGUAGUGAGCAGCGUUCCGAAGCCUUACAAAGAAGCAUCUCACAAGCCAAAGCGUCGCCUGGAAGAAACGAAUGAAACCCACCUACUGAGGGGGUCUACGGUGUACAUUUCUCUCCUUUCCCCACCACGGUAGGCACAGUGGAAUUUUGGGGUGGGGAUGACUCUGCCGGAUGGAUAGAAGCCACCGAAUUCAGAGACUGAAAGAACGGAUUCCACCACUUCUCCAGGACUUACCUCCUCCUCCUUCUGCAACCACUACAGAGGCCUAUUCUUUGCCUGGGGGGAAGCCUCGCCGCUUUGUCUCGAGAGCCUCGAUCACUUCAUUCCUAAAUAAUAUAUGCAACUUUGGGCAUCGGGGUUAGGCAACCGUAUGCCCCCUUUCUUGUUCCAUUGAAACUUUCUCUGGGUUUUUGUCGUUUCGGUUUUCUGCGGGGUUGGGUAGCCGCGGAGGGUCUGGCCUAAUGAAGAGCAAAGAACAAAUCAGAGAAGGCGGGAGGGAGGUGCAUGCAAUAGUAGCUUUAUUUAUGAGCAGGAGUUCCUGGUGGUGGGUAGCCAUGGUCCGUUUAAGUUCAGGUCAAAGCUAGGUCAUACAGAUGGUGCUUGUUGUGCAAAGUGCAACACAGUCGUACUUGUGUUUGCACGAGAGUGGAACCGACCUACGCAGGCUUCUUUAAGCAGGUGUUUUCCCUCCUGUUGUCUGUUGUCUUUCUUUGUUAUUUUAAUUUAAAAUGUUUUGGCAAGUGGGGGGAAAGUGGAUCCAGAUGCUAAACCCUCUGCUGCCGCACCGGAUUGAAGGAUGCCGGCUGGAGUCCUGCUGAGAGCCGAGGAAGGCGUGAAAUCCCAGUAGCCACCAAACCUUAAACCAAGAGGGUAAGACUGGAAGCCUUUUGUCUGGUUCAGGGGGUGAUCCAAUUUUUUUCUUCUCCUUUGUGCUAAUGCCAGUUUUUGCUGCUGAAACAGCGCAAAACUGAAGGGGUGGAGGCACAAGAAAAUUGCAGAUUGUAACAACAUCUGUGUUGUAAAUUACCUCAUCUGUAUACCUUGUAUCCGAACUUUUAUUUUUAAAUUUCUCAGCACUUCCUGGUUUUUUUUUCUGCAUUGUGUUAGAUGGGCAGGAAAAUAAACCGCCAAUACAAUAGUACUGUUGGCAACUUUUAUGAUUUUUUUCAAUGACUUGGUUUUUUAAAAAAAAUCUUGUUUGGAGUGAUGCUUUGUUUUUAUUUGUUGGAAUUUAGAGAGAGGGGGAUUGGUUCUUUUCCCCUGUUGGAUUUAUUGGUUGUAAUGGUAUUGUAAUUGUUAAAACUAACCCUUAAAACUGUGCUGAGAAAGAAGUUGUGCCAUGGAGGUCUUUAAUUUUUUAAAAUAAAAUUAUUGAAACAAAUCUA